AUGCCCCCAGAAAGCGCCGAGUCCUGGAGGGUCCUUUCAUCGUCAGAAGUACCCGACGACGAGGAAACUGGUUUCCUUUUCGUUGCCGUAAUCACGACGCGAUUCACAGAUGAACAGUGUUUGCCUUCCAGUCUGGCGACUCGCAAGGAUAUAGAAUCCUGCCUGUGUCCUUUAAGCUUCGCCGUCGAGGUAACUCGAAAUUUGUCUUCGCCUUCGAGUUUCGUAUAUAACAAUAUUUCAUUUGGUUCCGGGGCAAAAACGGCUACAGAUGAAGAAAAUAAGACCGAUGUAGCAAUUCAAGUGACAACUGAAGAUGAAAAUGUUGGUACAAGUUCACAACAAGAUGUUACACUUUUACAAGCUAUAGAAAGGGAACUAAAAGAUUCAGAGAAUGUGAGAGUUGAUACGAACCAACCUAUCCAUCUGGACGAAUAUCGCACACUUUUGAAAUCGGAUUCGCUGAGAAUUUUUCCGAUGGAAAGACCAAUGCCGAACAGCCGAAACGUCGAUAGCUUUUGGCGAUGUCCGAACGAAUCAACGAAUCUUGAUUUCUCUCGAAUUCGAAUUAUACUAGGGGAUGCAAUCAAAACCGGGGGAUCGCGACCCCCGGAGGCUUCUUCAUUAUUCGCGGACAUUGAAGCCGGAGAAGCAGCCCUCUCCGCUCGCGUUGGAAUAUCAGACAUGAAGUCUAAGAAGAAGAAAUUAAAGAAACUGACGGAAAUUGUGAAAAAUCGAGUUACAAGAGUCAGACGUAGAAAGAGAAACCAAGGCAAACGGUUUAAUAUAAUCACGCAAGCGUUAAAUUACUUUUGUUCGCGUACGACUCUUCAUGGUCUUCGAUAUGUCGUCGAUACUGAUUUACACAUUAUCGUGCGAUUCCUGUGGCUUAUUCUAUUCAUAUUGUCUUCUACAGUGGCUAGCAACGUGAUUUACUCGUUGGCACUCAGAUUCCAGGCUGCGCCAACGUCGAUCGGCAUCGAAUCGAUGCAUUAUGAGACUUCAAAUCUACCUUUUCCGAGCGUCACUCUUUGUCCGAAUGAUCGCGUCGAUUGGAACCGAGCCCUCAAGCUGGAACCAAGAAUUUUCCGUAAUGGCACGGAUAAGGAAAGUUUCGACACUUUUCGAGAAAUAUUGGGCAAACUUUCUGUGAUGAGCUUCGGGGAUUUCGACGAUCUGGAUUUUUUGAAGAAUCGAAGUCUUCACAGUCUCGCAGAUAUCGAUGUAACUUAUGUGUUGCGCGAGGUAAUGCCGCGCUGCGAUCAGUUGCUAUCCGAAUGCUGGUGGCGCAACGAAACUCGCGAUUGCUGCGAGAUCUUCCAGGUGCAAAAGACCGAAUAUGGUUUCUGCUACUCGUUCAAUUCCGAAUUGGCGGAGACACCUCCGACGAAUCCUGCGGAGGCGCGACCACGAAAAGCGACGGGCUAUGGCGACUGGAGCGGCGUGAAGGUUACGAUUCAUCUGGGAAAUAUAACGAAGCCACCAAAUUCAGGUAAGGAUUGCCAAAGCCGGAUCCGAUGUAAUAUUCUACGUGGCAAGAAAUUGGAUCUCAUCGCGAAUAUCAUCAAUUUCAAUAUCUCAAUAAUCACAAUUAAUCGCAAGAUCGCAAUUAUCAUAUUUAUCACAGAGCUAUAUUAUGUAAUAAUAUCUGAAUAUUAUGAUACAGUGGAAAUUAGCGGCGUCAUCGUGAUAGUAAACGGACCCCAUGUCUGGCCCAAUAGUGGUACCAUGAUAGCGACGGGCUCACGGGCUAGUAUGGCCUUAGAAUGUAUUUCUGGAUAUGCCACUCAACGAGUUCUCGAAUUGGAUAACGACAAACAACCGUGCCGGUACGACGAUAUCGGCGUGUACAAUCAGGAGACUUGCCUGUCGCUUUGCAAACGUUACUGGGUCGCCAAGUAUUGCGACUGCAAUCUAUCUUUUCUAUUCCCCGCAAGUAUGGUAUUUUGUACUCAACGUUGUUUAACUUUGACAACAUAUAACAGUUUUAUUUAUAUUUUAGAUGAUAGUUUUCGCGAGUGCACCAUCGAGGAUUUCAUCUGCCUGAUUAAUUAUAACGAUUUGUUCAACGACUACAUGGUGACGACUACCCACCUUGGUGACGAGUACCCACACGACAUUCCUAGCAUGUUUUGCAACUGCUUGCCGGAAUGCGACUACCACGUCUGUGGUACCCAGUUUUCUAACGUGCCUCUACAUAACAUGAAUGACGUUACGUUGGACGUGCAUUACAUAAGACAAACUAGUUUCCGCUAUAAAACAGACAUAGUUAUCACACAAAUGGACCUUCUCGUAUCUUUCGGCGGUAUAAUCGGGUUAUUCCUGGGUGGUUCGUUGCUCAGCGCCGUCGAGCUAGUCUAUUACCUGUUCGUGGCGAUGUUUUCGUCUCUGCGCUUGCGAUGUAGAAUUAAAGAAGAGCCGAGGAUACGAUCGAGCGCGACGCUCGUCCACACGGUGCUGCCGAUCCUGGAUUAUAGCCCUCUGAAGCCGCGGGCGCGGAAGAUACCGAUUUUCGCGCCCGCGAAUUACGGCCUCCCAGAAUCGAAUUCGAACAGAUAUUGAAUUACCGUGAAAUCUUUCGACGGGUGGGCCGUUUAGAGGGCCUCUAUUACAGCCACACCACCGCGAAAUUUGAGAUGAUAAAAUAAGAGGGGGUUCAUCUAUAUACUCUCUCUUCAAAUCGAUAUUCACGGACGUGCAACGUGUAUAUGUAUACGCGGGCGCACACAUACGCCUGCGUAUA